AGAGACUCUGAUAAAAGGAAAAUCAGAUUUCAGACUGCCGACGCGCGUCAAGAGAGCCGGUGGGUUUAUGACCCAAAACCCAUAUUGGCCGGUUGAAUUCCGAUUGCAAAGAGGAGAGCUAAGAAUGGCUCUUCUCCUCUUUUUCGCUCCUCCAGGACCACUCGCUUCCUCCUCCGCUCCGCAUUCUUCGUUCUCGUCAUCAGCGACCACUUUGGCUGUAGAUGCUGCAACAAUUUCUAGGUUGUACAUAAAGCCUAUUGAUUUAUGCUCAAACUCUCUUGGGGAGAUUUGCUUUGAUAAGCUCUUUAGUGCUUCCAGAAGGGGAGGAAUUAUUGCGAAGGUAUCUUUAGAUGUAGAGGAAACUGGUCAAGAUGGUGAAAUGGCUUUAUCUGAGAGUGAUGAUGAUGAUGAAGAGAACAUCCCGUUUGUCAAAAUUCCAUUGGAAUCGAACUUGCAGCUGAAGCUGGAGCAGAAGAUGAGGAUGAAAGUGGCAAAGAAGGUUAGGCUUCGGAGGAAGAAGCUUAUUAGGAAGCGGAGGACGAGGAAGAAGGGUCAAUGGCCGCCUUCAAAAAUGAAGAAGUUGAAGAAUGUCUGACCUUUACCUUGUGUUAUCUAGUUUUGGCGUAUUUGGUGAGCUCUAAAGUGUUGGAAGCUGGUAUUUGGAUGUUAGCUGGUCUCUAUCAGGGUGGAAGAGUAAAACUGUGGGAGAUCUGAUAUCCUUUUUGCUUUUGCUUUAAGUCUCAAAAUAUUUACAUGCACAAAUGUUUUGUUGACUGGGCUGCGUAGCAACCGGCCUGAGUCUGGAACAAUGAUGAGGUUUUAUAAUGGCUAAAUUCGGCUGACUAUAUAGUAUGUGUCCAAAUUUUUAGUUUUAGACUGUUUCUGGUAGGUUUCAAUUCCCCUCUUAGUAACCCUACACUUUCUUCAGAAAUUACUAGCUGAUCUUUUAUUUCCAAUGGCAAACUUGGUAAGACUGUAGUUAACUGCGAAUCUGGCUAUUAAUCUGAUUUUUUUUUUUUUUUUUGGAUUAAUGUGAAUUUGUACUUGGUUGGUGUAGGAUCUACCCCUGAAAUGAUUACUUCAUACUGUACUGAUACAACAUCUUUUUAUAAUAUUAUGUAUAUUGAAUUUCU